UGGAAGAGUGAGUAUAGUUGAAAAUCUUUCAGUUUGAGUCGUUACGAACAAUGCAUACCCGCUUUUUAUCAGCAGUUAUACUAGUGAUGGCUUUAGGGUGGACAUCUAAGUCGAUCUCAGACGGCCUUAUGGUCCGAGUGUCGGAAAAUGGAGCAGAUGAUAUAUCCUGUCGGGAAUCGAAUGCAACCUUUCCGUGUAGAUCCUUAGGAUUCGCCUUGGAAGCUUUAAAGGACUCAAGCAAUCGAAAUGAAACGAUGUUCACUUUUUUGGUUGACGCUGGGAGCGUUUACAGUCUCAACGAGAGCGUCAAAAUUAACCAGACAAGUACCUCGGUCAUCGUUUAUUUGAAAUCUAGCAGUAACUCAACUGGUGGUCGAUCGGUUAUUCGUUGCAUGGAUGCAAAGGCUGGAAUCGAAAUAGGAUCAAACACGAGUUAUACAAGAAACAUUAACUUUGUGGACCUUGAAUUUCAAAACUGCAGUUCUCGCUCUGUUGCUGCUGUUGUUUUAAUCUGGAAUUCUCGGGAUAUUAACUUCACGAAUUGCGUAUUUAGAAAUAACGCCAAAGCGGGGAUCAAUGCUUUCGAUAGCAGCGUGACAAUUGAAAGAUGCCAUUUCUCGAACAAUACCUCUAAUGGGUAUAAUUCAGAGGAACCUUACAUAGAAGGUGUCACUUCCGCCGGUGGUGGAGCGGGAUUUUUAUAUCAAGAGGCUGGGAAUCUUUCCUUAAUAGUCAAAGAUUCUAUCUUCGAGUUCAACUCCGCCGUUACAAAUGACACUACACAAUUUGUCGCGCCAACCUAUCAUGUAUCACUAAUAAUCCUAAGUGGCGGAGGCUUUCUUGUUGUGUUCAGAAAAAACGCCCAAUUUUGCCGGGCUUGGAUAGAAAAUACUCGAUUUGCGAACAACAGCGCAACGAUCGGAGGUGGACUCUACGUCGAGCAAUCUGACUUGGCCAUGGGCAACCACUUCAGAAUGGUUAGCUCGAAUUUGUCAGGGAAUACAGCGGGACAGGCGGCAGGGGGACUAAGUUUGUCACAGUGGAACAAUGCUUCCAGCUUCACAACAGUGUUUAAAAAUUGCAUCGUUCGCGAAAACGAGGCACAGCGAGGAGCAGGGAUGAAUGUAUUUUUUAUGAACUCCGAUGCAACUUACAACGACUCUGUGUUAAGGUAAGAGAGCGAUAUAUUUAGAGGCCCACCUGUGCAAUGAAAUUCUGGGUACAAAGCCAAUGACGCAUUUGGGUUUUUCAAUAAAAACUGUAUUUCAAUUUUUUUUUUUUAAUUUCAACGAAUAUUCCGCCGAUAAUUUUAGUAUGGUCGACUCUCUUCUCGUUGGCUGGAUAGCAAAUAUUUUCUGCGCUUAAGCCGCAGAUUCUAUAGUCUCCCUCGCAGCCGUUUUUUGGACGUUUUUUUGGAUGUCACGCAAUGCGUUGCGUGACAUCCAAAAAACGGCUAAGAGGGAGGCUACAGGUUCUACGGUUAAUCGAAAUUUUAAGACAACUACUUUCAAAUGAAGUUCUUCUCGCACUUCCCAGACUUCCGCUAAAAGGAGUAAACUCUCGGUCCCGGCGGCGGGGAAUCCGCAAUCGAAAGAAAGUUGACAGGCUGUAUUAUUCGCAAUUCAAAUCCAUUCACCCCAUAUGAGGGAAUGCAGGUUCUGGAAUCCGGGAAAUUUUUGCUUGUGGAAUCUGGAAUACAGAUCAAGGAAUCCGGGAUUGGAAUCCAGAAUCCAAGUUCCACUAACCAUGACUGGAAUCCAGUACCUGGAAUCCGGAAUCCACGGCGUGGAGUCUAGAAUCCAGGCUAGGGCUGUCGUGAAGUGGGGUGACAUAUGGCGAAUCCAUCCUAAAAGGCAAAUGGGAAGUGGUCAAGCUGACGACUAACCCUUGCAGUGCAGUAUUUAGCCUGUGGGCUGUUUACUACCUUACCUAGUUUUCCGGUCAAAAAUGGGUUUCAAGAAAGUUUUCCCGUAGGUGUAUGAUAUCAUGGCUCAGAACAUGCCAUUUUUUCUUAGACGUCUGUUUAACAGAACUUAAUGUUUCCAAAAAAUUAGUGCAGUCGACACCUUUGGUACCCCUAGCACUUUCUUAGAGAGAUGUCCGUCUUAAAGAGAGGCAACUUAUGAUAUAGAACGGAAGGGAUCAACCCUAGAUCUGCGUUCUAGUGAGUUGUCCGUCAUAAAGGAUUGUCCGUCUUGUAGAGAGUAAACUCGGACAGGCAUGGAAGAACUUUACUUGCCCGUUUUAGGGAGGUGUCCAGGGUGCCGGUGUCCGACCUUUAAUAAAUCUAAUGUACAUUUUACAUGGAGGGAGGAAGAUCCUAAUACCAGGAAGAUCCUAGGAGGCAGAACAACUUCGCGCAGGGGUACCCAACAACAGUUUUCUGUAAAAUAUCUGUUCGAAGAAGCAAAUACUGCCAAGAACUUUCUAUUACUUGAGAACAGCUAAAAAUUUCUCGAUGACCGCUCCAUUCAAGCACAAUUCUCGAAGUUUAUCUAUUAAAUUCCCUACGAUUUUCAGAAGUUUAAUUUUCACAUUUGACUUCCGAGUUAGGCUAUUUUUCGUGGAAAAAAUAAAACCUAAAAUUGUCGGAUUCGAAAAUGCGAUGGAGGAUGAAUCAGAAAAAUGUCUCACUUUCGUAAUACGUUAAAUAUGCAUCUAACAUUUUUGGGAAAAUAAUACUCAAGCCCUUGUAAUUUCGAAAAGGCUCAAGUUCUCCUAGGAUAACUGAACAGAUACAAAUUUUAUGGCGCCGCUUAGAAUGCAUUUCUAGAGAUCUUAAAGUCCUCUGGAUAGCCUAAAAAAUGUUUUCAAUGUAUUUAGGAGGAAACCGUCGUUGGGUGGCCCUAUUCACGUUGGAUCGGUCCGUGUGGUGCCCAAGUAGAAAAGGGUCGGGAAGGAAUUAAAAAUGGCGAGCGGCAAAAAGAAACAUGCGUCAAUAACUACCUUUAAUCAGAAUUAUUACUACAAUAAGCUUUUGGUAACGCUAAACGAAAUGGUCGGCUUUUAUUGCCGUUAUUAACCAGUGAACUACCCGCCACCAUUUUUGUGUGGUCUGUCCCUAGUACUAGGAUCUUCCUAGCAGAGGCAGUUUACUUGGUGCUAGGAUCUUCCUACCUCUCAGCUAGGAAUUCGAAGAUCCUUGCCCAUGUAAACAAAAAAGGCGCUAGGAUGUCUGCCUUCUAGGAUCUUGCUCCUUCUGGCAUGUAAACAGCCCCUGGGUAACAGUCGUGGUUAAUUGUUUCAGGUUUGAAGCAGUGAAAUUUAGCAACAACCAUGCCAGGGCAAGCUCUGCAAUCCGCUUCACAACAGCACAACCGUACGGCAGCAACGUGGAUUUGUCUGCAGAAUUUAUCAACUGUUCCUUUACUUACCACAAAAUGUCAAUCUUUGCGCGAACAAGCCCCUUUACAAGUCAGCGAAUAAACUUAAUGUUCAAGGGAAACAACAUCUUUCAGCAAAACAGUGGAGGUAAGAUGAUAAAUCGGCGGUAACCUCGCUCUUGCACCUAGCUUGUUUCUUGCCCAUGACUAGUAGGGACCUUACGAUACCACAACAGUGAUGCCAGUGAAAAAGUCCCUAGAAAACUAACUUUGGGUCCAUCCUAACCUACGUAGCUGGCGGGAUGCUUUAGUGCUUUUGGCGGCCGAGCCUAGAUAAGAUUUGGAUUAAGCCGCGAGGAAUUCGCGUAGCGGCUCAGGUUCUCCGGGCAUAUUAACAAUCCCUUCAGCUUUACGCAGGUUAUGUUCUUCAAUUUUUUUCAGUCUCAAAUAUUCUAACUCCUUCACUUAUUGAAGAGUUGAAAAAUUAUGUUGAAAAAGCUGAUGAGUUCGGGAAGACAGGGAAAUUUACAGAAAAACGUGAUGCAUGUACAGAUCAGUUGUUGGUUUCGGUUGCUCUCUACUCUGUUUUCAAAACUAUAAUAAUUGUACUUUGACGUUCUCUUGGCCGUCGUCGUUGCCUUCACCGUUGCCGUCGCCGUCGUCACUUAGCCUACGUAGCAGGCGUCGAAAGGGGUAGGGGGUAGGGGGCAGGGGAUAGGGGACGCAGGCUAUCGUCACUAAAUUACGAGGGACCUUACGAUCCGACAACGGCGACGUCCAUAAAAACUUCGCUGAAAAAUAGACUCCGUAUCCUUUCACUUUUUUUCGCGAUUAUUCCAAGGGUUUCAGUUACUUAAAAGAAGGGAAUUUGGAUUGGGGCUGAAGAGAAGGGACAGCGCCCAAGUUCUGACAGAGCUGGUAGAAUUUAUCGGCUUGCCGUUCCCGUUCCCAAGUAAACUUAAAAUUUGGUCAUUUCACGUCGUAGUUAUGCAGGGACGGUAAAGAAAUGUACAAAAAAAGCGUGAUGCACGUGCAAAUUUGUUGUUUUGCUCAUUAAACCUAUUACUUUUUUGACGUUCCCGUUGCCGUCGCCGUCGUAGUUUCGUAAGGUCCUUACGAAAUGAAUUAAGAAGCAGGGGAAAGACAAACAAACAACAACGUAGACUAUUGUCAGUGAGAUCUCCGUUUCGAGAACCAGUGCUGCAAUCUUUCGAAGUGUCUUCUUAAAGAACAUAGCAAUUGCACGGUUCGCUUUGUGAAAAUAUUUCGUAACUGUUAUUUAUAUUGCGGGCCUACGCAUCUCUGAAUGUUUCAACUAUAAAUUGUCGCCGAUGAGCGGAGAAGAGACGCGUCCUCUUUACAUUAUAUAAUAACAUAUUUAGUGUAAGAUCGGAAGGCAGCAUACAAGGUUGCCACUGGCAGCGGCCAUCUUUCCAUUAAUGACCUCCUAGCCAAUGAUACGAGUGCUGUAUGCAAUGAGGCAGGGAACAACUGGGGUGAAUCCCUUACACUUUUUGAAAAGAAUUGUGGAUUCUUUUACAUCCACUUUGAUUUAACCAAUGAAACAAUUGUGGAGGAGAGCGCCGCUUCGUCCAAUGAUGCAAUAUCUGAACUGAUACAAGAUCUUAAAUCGCAGCCAGCAUAAUCUUAGCAGUGUUUUUGAAAAACCCUGGUUGU